CAAUGCGGCGUGGUGACGUCAGACGCAGCGUACGCUACCACGCUACGCUGCUGACGUGUAGGAAGGGAAGUGGCUGUUGAGCUAACAGCUAACAGCUAACAGCUACAUCAACUCUCAGCUCUUCCUCUUCAUCAUGUCAUCAACAGACUAUGAAGUCAUCUGAUCGGGUUCUCAGAUAACUAAACGAUCAAACAACAACAGAAGACAAAGCGGGCCGUUUACACAGAUAACAGGUGGGGUUGAAUGCAGCCGUUUUAUGAAGAAGUGUGAGUGACUUGGACAACAACAAUGGGGAAGAGGAGGAUGCCAGAUCUGUACAGAGCCCCCUUUCCCUUAUACUGCAUUAAAGUGGACCCUAAAACAGGACUGGUGAUCACAGCAGGUGGAGGGGGUGCUUCCAAGACGGGCAUAAAGAAUGCAGUGCAAUUCCUGGAUCUACAGAUGUCUGGAGAAGACCAGUACAGUGCCAGUCUCCUCCACUCUCACGAUACUGACACACGCGCCACCAUGAACAUGGCUGUAGGUAACGGUGUGAUUGCUGCAGGACAGGACGGGACCUGCUGUCUGAUGAGGUUUAAACACUGCUCCCGCAAGGAAGACGGCAAAGAUGCUGCUAAAGAUGCAGGGAACAGCGUGCAGCAGGGUAAUGCCAGGCGACGAGUUGGGAAAGGAGACAAAGGUGGACAGGAUGAAGCUGCAGAAUCUGGAGAGAUGUCCGAUAUGAAGGAUGAGACCGCUCAUAUCUCUGUGACCGGUCUGGCUGAAGUGCAGUCUGAUCUGAAUCCCCUGGACCCGCUCCAGAAGGUGGUCCGGUUCAGUCCUGACCUCAGCCUGCUGCUGACUGGAGGCACAGAUGGACACAUACGAGUGUGGGAGUUUCCGUCCCUGAAGAAGAGGUAUGACUUCAAAGCACAUGAAGCGGAGAUUGAAGACUUGGAUAUGAGUCCAGGGAACAAGCACCUGGUGACUGUUGGACGGGACUUUAGCUGCUCUGUAUGGAGUGGCAGCCAGUUGGCUAUGGGUCUUAAAUGGCUUGAAACCAUGCCUCAAAUAGCGGAGAAGACUUAUCGAUAUAUGGCUUGCAGGUUUGGAAAGGUGGAAGACCAAAAAGACGCUCUGAGGCUUUACACAGUCCAGAUCCCCCAUAAACGAGACAGAAGACCUCCUCCUUGCUACCUGACCAAGUGGGACGGCAAGAGCUUCCUGCCCAUGCUGACGGCUCCCUGUGGCUCGGAGGUCAUCUCCAGUCUGGCUGUCAGUGACUCUGGAACGUUUCUCGGCCUCGGGACUGUGACGGGAUCUGUGGCUAUCUACAUCGCUUUCUCCCUCCAGAAGCUGUAUUACGUACAGGAGUCCCACGGCAUUGUUGUGACGGACCUGGCCUUCCUGCCCGACUCGCUGAAAGGCAAAAACAUGAAAGGGAAUAAUGAAACGGCCAUGUUGAGUGUAGCUGUGGACAGCCGCUGUCAAGUACACGCCGUCCCCAACCGAAGAUCCUUUCCUAUCUGGCUGGUGCUGCUCCUCUGUGGCCUCAUGGUGGUGGGAAUCGUCCUCCUCCUACAGCACCUCUUCCCAGGAUUUAUUUAAAAUGGUGUGAUCACAGGCCGGGGUUUGAUGGACAUCUUCACAUGACUUACUUUGCCACUUGUCAACAUCAGCUGUCCUCAGUCCAACAUCCAAACCUCCCAGCGCUGCAUCACAACACCCAGCUGAGCCUGUGAAGCCUCUUCCAGCUGCAGCAGCGAUCUCUAACCAGCUGUUUAUGUGCCCUGACAUCCAGUAGUCCUCCUCAGCUCUUACUCAGGGUCAACUGUGGGAUUUUAUUCGCUUUGAUCUCUAUCAAUUAUUCUUAAUCUUUGUUUUUGGAUUUGUGUUGGAGAGUUGAAGGGCUCAGGUUCAUGAAUAUUUAAAGGGUGGAAUCUUUUUAUUGACAUAUUUAAGGAACAAUGUAAAAAAAUAUAUACAUGAUUGACACGUAAUGUGUCUGGUAUUGUUUUUUGUUUACAAGGAAAGGCCAGGACAGCACACCAAUUUGACUUUUUAAAAUUGCCACAUGGACAUUUCGGCUCUUCUUCGGCGUGUAUUCUGGCAACUUCACAAUCGAAAUUGCCAGAAUCCGUGUCUUUCCUUUUAUAUUAUCUACCUUAAAGAUCCAGCACCCUGUCUUCAAGGUCUAAUCGGGA